AUGAAGAUCAAACAAAAGCUCACUGCUGGACAAAGCUAUCAGCAAGUCAGUAGAAAUAAUUCAAGCGUCGUGUUCUUGGGCGGAGUUUUAUUGGGAGCCAUGCUGGUCAUGAUGGUGACGAAUCAGACUAAAGUCAGUCACUAUACCUUAUCCGAUGGAUCCGUCUUGACCACUUCUACCAGCAUUACGUCAACCAUUGCCACUCAUUCUCCACCUGGAGGAGUCCGGGCUCCAUCUGUCCAGUCUGUGCGAUCAUCAUCAUCAUCGGAAGAAGCGAAGGAUGGCAGCGAUGACAAUAAGAAAAAUGACGAUGGGGGAGGCACUACUGCUGUCUCCUACGAACGUGCCAGUCGGGACAGUGGCGGUUUCUUUGAUGACAUUUCUGACAAUGCCUGGGCGCUCAUGAAGCAACGUGUCAAGUCUCGCACCAAUUUUAUGUUCCCAGACAAGAAUAACCAUCACAUUGCUCAACCAGAGGCUUGGUAUCAAGAAAAUUUUGAACCAGACUUUACCUGUUCGCAUGAACGCCGCAUCGGUGGAAUGGGAGAUGGGCCCAAAUGGGUUUGCGAUCCUCACCGAUUGAUGGAAUCCAAAGAAACACCACAAGAGAAAAAGGACUGUCUAGUCUACAGUGUUGGAUCAGAAGGCAACUUUAUGUUUGAAAAUGCUGUAAUGAAGGAGAUUGGAAAGCAUUGUGAGAUUCACACCUUUGAUCCAGAGAUCCAAGGAAGACCAUAUGGACAUUUGGCGCCAGAGGGUGUGAACUACCACAAUUGGGGAUUCAUGAGUGAGACUGAUGGCCAGCAAGCCCAAGCGAAAUACUACGCUAACGUGAACCGAUUCAAGGGCAACUACAAGACAAUGAAGACUACCAUUGAAGAGCUGGGACAUGUUGGGAGAGAAAUUGAUAUUUUCAAGAUCGAUUGCGAAGGGUGCGAGUGGACGACCUUCCGGGGAUGGUUUAAUUCUGGCGCCACCCUAAGGCAAAUUUUGGUGGAAGUACACAAGACUCCGGCAGACACGGUGGUUGAUUUCUUUACGGGUAUGCAAGAGCAUGGCUACGUCACCUUUCACAAGGAGCCAAACAUUCAGUAUGCCGCCGGAAGGUGCGUAGAAUAUGCCUUUUUGAAAUUGGAAGACUCCUUCUUCCAAGACGAUUAG